AUGCAGUCCCAUGUGGAAGAGAUUGAAAUGGCUCCUAUGGAUGAAAACGCAAAAUCGGUCGAUUGCUCGCCUCCUAAGGAUGAUGUUGUCGUCGAUGCAGACGAGGAAACAAAUCCAAUUUCAAAUGCACGAAAUGUAAGAAACAUUCAGAGCAACACCAUUGAUCAAAUAGAAAAUUACACGAUUCAACAGACUAUGUAUGACUUUUUCUUUUGAUGUUAAAUAUGGUCGUUGUUGCUCUUUUCUAGGAAGUCUUGUUGCUGGUCAAUACAGGAUUCAAGUACCAAACCUGGUUUUGUAUUACCUAUAUUCACAAGUAUAGCUAUGACCAUUGGGAUACUGGUAGUUUGUUUUACUGCACCAAAAUCACCAGGUAUGUCCUUGUUGUUUUAUAUUCUUCGUAUUCAAUACGAUAAAAAUCCACAGUUAAUUCGGUUCUGUUUUACCAAUAUUGUGAGUUUUGGUUAAAAAAACUCAAAUUGUGAUAAUAUUUCAUAUCAACAUGCUCGAAGCAAAUCAUCAAGCGAGGACAGAAUUACAAGCAUUACAAAUUGCUUCACUUUUCCAUUUCAACUUUCCUUUGACGAACGCAAAUCAACUAAGGUGAUCAUCACCAGUAGAUCUGAUACUUUGCCCCUAAGUUGAGCCUUUCUAUUUCACUUAUUGGUAGGUAUUAUAGAUUAGUAAAGGAUUUCAGAAAGAAUCAUCCCAUUGCCGUUUUUUUCUACAGAAAAGCGGAUAGUAAUUAUUGCGUUUUCUCUUAAUUUUUUUCAUAUAUCAAUAAAACAACAAUUUCACGAUCUGGUUUUCUACAAAUUGAUGUUAUGCAUUGUUAUUUGUUGCCGAAAGAUUAAUUAUUUCUUAUUCAUUGUUCUUGAAUCACUUCUUCUGUUAUUUUUGGUGAUACUCUUUCACAUCUCUAAAUGAAAACAGCAGCUUAUCCUUGAUUUCUUUCCCUUUAUCUUAACGAUAUGUUCUUGGAUAUAAUAAAAAUGCGAAAAAGUAAUGAGAAAAUACAAGUGAUUGUCUCAUAGAAUGCGACGAAAAUAGAUAUUUCUUCUCCGUGAAACAUAUAUUUUUUAUAUUUUCUCACUGUAUGUUGCCUAUAGAGAAGAGUAAGCAUUGUAUCGGGUGUUCCAAAAUGUUUCCAAUAUGCUAUAUUUCGCAUGUAUCUCAGCAUAAAUAAAUGGUUAAAAGCUUGGUUUUUUUCAAAAGAUGCGUCGUCAAAAGCUCUACA